AUGAAAGUGGCUAGCUUGAUUUGUGCAAUUGCCAUACAGUUCUUAUCCACUUUAGCUUAUGAAAUCGUAAAAGAUGAAAUCGACUAUGGUUUCUGUUAUUAUGAGCUAGGUGAUAUAAAUAUCGCACCAAACGUUGAUUAUUCCAUCAUUAACAACGCAAUCACAGAAACUGUUGGAGACCUUCAUGUUGGAGAGGGAGGUGGCUUUUAUAUCAGUAGCUUUUGUGACCUUAUCGGUUUGCAUGUCAGUAUGCAUGCUGGUGACGUACAUAACAAAGGAAUUAUUUCAUUCAAUUCUCUCGAAUCAAUCCUUCCAAGCACUUAUAUCUUCACUACUAUAGAAAAUUUUAUUAACGAUGGUAGUAUCUAUAUGGGCUCAAAUGGAGCUGUAGUUCCUGGUAUUUUCACUAUCAACGCCCCAGUUGUUACUAACAAUGGUUUAAUGGUAUUCUAUCAAACAGAAAAUUUUGGUGGUAAAGUGAUCUUAGGUGGAACAAAUUUAUUAAAUGGUAUUAGCAACAAUGGUCAGAUUUGUUUGUACAAUGAAUUAUAUGAACAACUCUCUGAUAUUAACGGUUCAGGUUGUAUUACCUCACAAGAAAAUUCCACUGUCUUUAUCAAAAAUCCUUUGGCUGACAUAGGCGGUCAAACUAUCUAUUUAGCUGAUCCUAGAUCUUCUGUCAUUGCAAAUCCGGUUCUUUCUGGACACCCAAUUAAUGUUGCUGGUUUUGGUGAAGGAAACAUGGUUUCCUUGAGUACUACAUUGCUUCCUAACGUCCUCGGAGUCACUAGACCAUUCUCCUAUAAUGCCCAAAGUGGACACUUGACACUUUAUAGUUUACCAGGACUGCAAGUUUUCAAUAUCGGUACAGGGUAUAACGAAGAUGAUUUCGAAGUCACAACAGAUUGGAGUGCUGUUCUUAGUGGGGUAUUUCUUCCUUUUAACGCUGUCACAUACAAAGGGCCAGUUCCAAAUCCAGGAUUACCAAGUAAUUGUGCUUUAUGUAGUGAGCUUCCUCCUGUUCCUGGGAAAACCGGUACAGAAUAUACUACCACAGUAACUAUUAAAUAUCCUGAUUAUGUUUGUACAGAUGUUGAAGAUGUUAUCAUUACCUCAGAUUCUCAGGGUAGUUACCAUAUUAGCAGCAGUCUCAUUACUGAAACCUGCAGCUAUGCCGAAACCAUUCCACCCGCAUCUUCCACUGAAGAUAGUUCAUUACCUUCCAAUGAACCCAGUUCAUCACCUUCUACUGAAGAUAGUUCAUUACCUAGUUCAUCGCCUUCUACUGAAGAUAGCUCAUUACCUUCUGAAGGAGCUAGUACCGUACCAUCAACUGAUGUUAGUACAUCUCCUUCUGAAGAAGUUAGUACCGUACCAUCAACUGAUGUUAGUACAUCUCCUUCUGAAGAAGUUAGUACCGUACCAUCAACUGAUGUUAGUACAUCUCCUUCUGAAGAAGUUAGUACCGUACCAUCAACUGAUGUUAGUACAUCACCUUGCACUGAAUCCACUUCAUCACCAUCUGAAGAAGCUAGUACAGUACCUUGCACUGAAUCCACUUCAUCUGAAGUCUGCACUUUACCUUCCGAAGGAGCUAGCUCAUUACCCUGCAGUGAAGCUGGCUCAUCUCCUUCUGGUGAAAUACCAUCAACUGAAGGAGAACCUGAAUGUCCAUCUUCAGAUGAAUCUUGUCCCUUCACAACUACUAUCAUUACUACUGAUUCAAAUGAAGAACCUUGCACUUCUACUGUUGUUGUCGUUGUUACAACUAAUGAUAAUGGGGAAACUUAUACAAGCAAUUCAAUCGUUGAAAAUGAACAGGGAGGUAGUGUUUACACAACUACUAUUGUAAUAACCGAUACUGCAGGAACCCCAAGUAUAGUUACUGGAUUUGUUAGUGUAGGAAUUGACUCUCAGGGUAAUGAAUAUACCAGUUCUGGUAUCUUACCUAGCAAUCCUACAGCUCCUGGAGAUAACAAUGGUGGUGCAAAUGAAUCUUCGCAAGCACCUGGAACUGUCCCUGGUGAAUCUAGUGGCCCUACUUCUCCAUCAACAGCACCAAUGUUUGAAGGUUCUUCGACCAAAAUCCAAAGUUCAAUUUUAUUUACAUUAGUUUCACUUUUGAUUUUCACUAUUUUCGUUUGAAGUGAUAAUAAAUUAUUAACAAUUCAACUCCGUAUAUGUUUAAUUCUUCAAACUUACUUUCGUUAAUUAAGAUUCAUAAGCAAUAUUUCCAUUCGAUUUAGUUGCAUUUCAUUCUUUGUGUUUCAAUAAUUAUUCUUAAAUACCCUAGUCACUUCACUAAUUUUGGUGUAUUGAAUUUCGAGGACUUGCUAUUUCUUGUAUUAUUUUCACUAUUCUUUUCGGUCUAUAUAAACAUUAAUACAAAGUUUUAAUUAGACGUUUAAAUAUUUAAAAAUGAAACAUUAAAAGUAGAAUAAUGAAGCGUUGUUAUUAUUGAACUUGAGAUAACUACUGAUCCUUCUGACUUUUAGCAGAAAAGUCUUCGGGGACUUCCUUUGCUUUGAUUAAGCAAUUAGCGCAAAGAGAUAAUGGGGUACAGAAAUUUUAUAAAACUGUGGAAAUAUAUUUCUCGGAUUUAAGAGAAUAGUGUUAAAAUUUUAGACUUAUCCC